GGGUCUUUUCCCAGAUAUCUAUUUUUCUCUCAAACAACUAUCUAACUUGUUGAAGUUUCCGCCCAUGUGACUUCCAGCAUGAAUUACCAGAAACCACAAGAGACGGCUCGCGCGCAAGCCCCAAAGUGAGCGAGAUGUCCCUUUGGGGAGCAGUCCCUCUGUACCCCAGAGUGAGGAGGACGCAGGGGUCAGAGGUGGCUGCAGGAUAGACAAGGGAAGCACCUGUGGAGGCUGGAGGGCUGGAGGCCCCCGAUCAGUCAGGAAGGGAAGCCAGCUGGUGACAAGAUUGCUCAGAGGGGACUGGAACCGUGCGAGAGGGGCCGGAAGACUUCAGCCAUGCCCCACAGCUCAGACAGCAGUGACUCCAGCUUUAGCCGCUCUCCUCCUCCUGGCAAGCAGGACUCAUCAGAUGAUGUGAGAAAAGUUCAGAGAAGAGAGAAAAAUCGCAUUGCCGCCCAGAAGAGCCGACAGAGGCAGACACAGAAGGCCGACACCCUGCACUUGGAAAGUGAAGACCUAGAGAAACAGAACGCCGCUCUGCGCAAGGAGAUCAAGCAGCUCACAGAGGAGAUGAAAUACUUCACGUCAGUGCUGAGCAGCCAUGAGCCCCUGUGCUCCGUGUUGGCCAGCACCCCCUCGCCCCCAGAGGUGGUGUACAGCGCUCAUGCCUUCCACCAGCCGCACGUCAGCUCCCCGCGCUUCCAGCCCUGAGCUUCAGUAGAGGGAACCUGCUCUUCUUGCAGGACCCAAGAGGGACACGCAGACUGUGGCCAGGCUGCCCCCAUCUGGCUCAGCCCGCUGUCCAUCAAGACACUUGAUGGCAAAGUCCUGGGCAAGGACUGCACACAAGGACUGUAGUGGCCAGAGUGGCCAGCAGAGUAGUGCUGGCCCUGGGUAGCUGGACCCCCUGUGGAUGGAUGCCCAAUCCAGACGAACAUGAAGCUCAGUGUCCCAGGGGGGCAUUGAGGGACACUGAGGGAGGAGGGCAUAGAGGGGAUAUUUUUCUAAAUAAAUAUUUUAAAAGAAUUCAGGCUGGUCAGACAGCUUCUGAAACCUCUUACCCCAGCUACAUUCUAGAAACUCUACAUUCUGUGGGGCUGGAGACCUCCCUUCCUUCCCUUUGUCCUUGGCUUCCAAUCCCCUGGAGACCACUAAUAACGGCUUUCCCAAGGUUGGUUCUAUGUAGAAGGCGGGGCCAUUUUUAAAGCAACUUCAAUGUUUCUCCUAAACAGCUUGAUUUUCCUCCCCAGAUCCACGCACCACAACGUUCCAUUCCUCAUUCAUUGUCCUGCCCUUUCUAGAUCAUGAGCUGCUCUUUCACCACUUAGGAUGAAGGUCCGGUGUAAGAUGUCAUCCAGAGACACAGAUGUAUUCUGCCAGCUGCUCUGUCCACAUAGCCGUUCCCCAGGAUGCUCUCCCUGUGCUGCAGCCUGGAGAUUCAAUGGACACAAAAGGCAGGACUUCACAGUCAGGGUGCCUUCCCGAAGCCUCUAUCUCCCUUAGAGAGAGGUGAUAUUAAGCACAUGACUUUGCUUGGCUCCCUGAAGCCCUCCAGGCUGCCAUCCUGGAUCAGGUGAUCCCGAGUCCUCUUUGGUUCUUCCAGAGGCUGACACCCUGCCCUUAUGCCCACCUGCUCCUUAAAAGUUCCUGGUCUGCAUGCCUGAGCACCUGCCUGCCUUACCCACACUGUGCUGAGCCACAGUGGGACCACCCACAUACUCUGCCUCUCUUGAGUCACCUGUGGACCAAAUAGCAGGGAUCAUGGUGCCAGGCAGCCCUGUAGGAUGACAGGAAAGGAGAAGCCAGCCAUUUCCCUGUCUGGAUGUCCCAGAUCACCAGCCAACAGCUGCACCCACUUAAGGCCAGACUUCCCCUCUGACCUUCCACCCAUGUCUCCUCCACCUGAAUAAGGAAUCGGUGGGCACCUACAUCCUGUGGCCAAUAUGAGGAGUCCCUGUACACACACAGAAAUGCUGUGGCUCUCAUCUGCCAGGCCACUGCCUGAGCUCUGGCAGGGUGUGGGCCCUGGGCUGAACCCCGUCAUUCAGAACUGGGGAGAGAGGGCCGCACACCUUCCCUGAGAGCUUGCUUUCCUUCCCACACAGAAUUGGGAAUCCUAACCACAGCUUUCCCAACAAAAUGGCCAGCAGGGGCCCAAUUCCAGGACAGACUCUACUUGGACUUGGGACUGGGGUGUGUGGUAGAGAGGAACCUCUUGUUCCCUAUAGGGGCUGGGUUUGGGGAGCUAAUGCUCUGCCUUGCUCUUUCCACCCUCUGUUACCUUGCAGAGCCAAAGCACUUCACAUGUUGCAUGUGUUAAAUAAAAUUCAUUCUUCUUUCA